CAACACCAACACCAACACCAACUUCCCUCGGUCGCAUUUCAUCAAUAUUGAUCGCAUUGGCUGGUGGAGCAUGUGUCUUGGUUUCUUGUCCAUUGCUCUAUACAUAUAGAAUCUACCCUCCUCCUUCGCCCCCCUCCUCGCGCGCUCGCAACAUCGCCCACCAUGAUCCCCGAGCAGACUAUUGACCGGCUCUUGGCCCACGUCCGUCCCCACAUCCAACGCCAUGUCGACCAGCAGGCCUCAUCCUCCAGCCAACGGAAGCCCUUCAUCCUGGCCCUGACCGGUCUACAAGGCAGCGGCAAGACCACCUGGACCUCCGCCAUUGUGCGGUCCCUGAACGAGAAACACCACUUCCGCACCAUCAACGUCUCCCUCGACGACUUCUACCUGCCGCACGAGGGCCUGGUGCGCCUGCGCCAGACCAACCCGGCCAAUGCCCUGCUCAAGAUGCGCGGCCAGCCCGGCACGCACGACACCGCGCUGGUCCGCGAGUUCUUCGACAGCUUGACCGUCACCCCGGAGACUUCUCCGCGCGAGGUCUGCAUCCCCGAGUUCGACAAGAGCCGCUUCCACGGCGAAGGCGACCGCGUGCCCCGCGACGAGUGGCGCCGCGUCCCCGUCUCGCUGGAAUCGCCGGUGGACGUGCUAGUGCUGGAAGGCUGGUGCGUGGGGUUCCAGCCGCUGAGCGAGCAGGCCAUCGAGGCCAAGUGGACGGCGGCCCAGGCGCAUCCCCCCGCGUCAGGGCCAGAUUCGGAGUCUGGAUUCCCCACGCAAACCCUGCAGAACCACGAGCUGGCCAGCUACUUCACCAUCAACGCCAGCCUACGCAACUACUGCGACAUGUUCAUGGGGCCCCAGCACCUGGACUUCCUGGUGCACCUCGACACCGACGAUCUGGCCAACGUCUACCGCUGGCGCAUGCAGCAGGAACACGCCCUGCGGCGGGUGAAGAACCAGGGCAUGACGGACGAGGAGGUCAUCGCGUUCGUGAAGGGGUACAUGCCGGCCUACGAGCUGUAUCUGGAUGAAGUGCGCGAGGGGAUCUUCCGGGGAGUGUCGGAAGAGGAGCGUUUACGCAAGGGCCAGGCGAGAGUGGUGCUGGGGCAGGAUCGGACUGUACUGGAUAUUGUUGGGUAUAGCUAGAUUGUGCCGGACCAGUGCCAUUGGACCUCGCUGGUUGAAGUCCUCAGACCACAACGAGAUAUGGAAUACUUUAUGAAUACCAUGGAUGAUGUACUGUACAAGAAAGGGGCCCGGAGUGACUGCCUGAGGUGUCAGGCACCAAGCACCGCUUCACCUCGGCAA